UCCUUCCUUCCUUUCUUCCUUACAGGGUCUUACUACAUAGCUCUAGCUGUCCUGGAACUCACGACCUAGAUCAGACUGGCCAAAAAUGCCCAAGAUAUCUCCUUACCUCUCCUUCCUGAGCCCCCUAAGUGACCCUCAUUCUUUGUGGUUUGCAUUGAUUUCUGCAUUUACUUUCCCUCGGUGACUUCCCUUACCCUUUAACUGCCCCAGAUCUUCAGAAGCUGUGCGGAGCUGACAAGGUACUGGCUAGCCCAUAAAGAGGCAUUGGGAAAGUGGCAGCUCUAUCUGUCGAAGGUCCAGGAUCUCAAACUUAACCACAAAUCAAACUGAACUAUCGAGCCUGAGUCUGGGACAGGGAAUAAUGGCAAGAAAGGCCUCUGCCAGUCGAAGUCCACCUUAAGGUGUAAGGCUCACCCCAACCUCUCACUGUUACUUAAUAGUUCUAUGGGAAGCUGGGAUGGGACCAGGCCAGAUGAGAUAUUUGAGGCUCAGCAGAGCCCAGGCUAGGUGCCAGGGACACUCUUGCCACCUCCUCGAUGCCUGAAUCAAGGAAUGGUUGGGUCCAUUGUGUUCCAGAGAAAGAAAAGGUCCACUUCCUAUUGGAGGAGGGAGCUACCUUUAUUGUGGGGACUCCAGUCUCUUUUUCUAUGUGUCUGGGUCUUCCUGGUAAAUGUUAAGACUCAUUCCUGAGAUAGAUUCCAGUGAUGAGCAGACUGAGAAGUCCCCUCCCAAAAAUACCGAGUGCUAUGCCUAGUGGAGUAUCCACAUGGCAGCCCCUGAGAACCAAACUGGGCCAAGAGGUGGGAUGAGUGUGCUUUGGUUCAGAUAGGAACGGCUUGGGAGUGAGAGGAGUCCUAGGGACUGGGCUGGUGGGGCACCGGGGCAGAGAGGGUUUCUGAAGGAUCUAGCUACAGUUUAAUGAAGUGACUGCAGGAGAGGCAGGCUAUGCCCUGAGCUUUUCUGAGGGACCCCGGGGCAGUCCCUGAACAGGGUAGUAAAAGGAGCCAGGAGGCUCCAGAUUUAGGUUAGGGUGGAAUAAGACUGGCCACAGAGAGGGAGAUAUAAAGUUUAGGUUUUCUUCCUUCUUUCUCACUUUUAUUUUUCCCCUUGACUGGGACUUUAUCUCUUUAUUGGUGCAAUGUUUGGUAGCUGAUGGAGGAGGGAGGAUGAGACCUGCACUUGUCUCACACCCAGAAGGGAACUCUUACAACCCUCAUCCCAGGCUCUCCGUUUUCAGCCUGAAAACCCACCAAAAACAACGGCCCCCCCGCAACACCUUUCCCUGGUGGCCAUGGUGGAAUUGGCCUCUCCGGUUUCUGGUAAUUUCAUCGGGGCAGCAUCAUGUUGCUGAGCCCUGAGAUAGCAUCUCCCUGUGUGGUAACCCUUCCCUGUCAGAACUCUUACAUAGCUUAAAGGGUGUAGGACGACGAAUGGGGGAGGGGUACGAGGGUCUUUAAGGCAGAAGAUAGUUGGGUGAAAGGUUGGUAGGGUGCCCAGGAAUACUUUCAUUUGCCCCUAGGACCCUGAGCAAAGAAGGAGGGGAAGGGGCAGAACUGGGGUACACAGCCAAGGGCAGGCUGCUGUAGGCCAUGGGAUUUCCUGAUAACGGCCAGUUCGGUUUACUGACAAGCCUGCAAACCUGAUUGCCCGUAGGUAUCCGUCGAGGGCCCAGAGAGUCAGUCCACCUUAAUGGGGCUGUCUCUAGGUGAGAUGCCUCCAGUGUCAUCUGCCCAGCCCUGCAGCGCAGGUUGGGUGUGGGGCAUGCAUAGCUGUCAGCCAGACAGGCUCUUCACAGCACAUCUGCGGUCUGCACCAUGCUCCAGGGUGCUGGAGAGGUCAGUGGGCCCCUCUGGGGCUGGGAUGGUGACGGAGAGGACGACUGGGAUGGGGCUGUACUCACCUUGCUGGCACUAGCUGUGGUAGCCACCAUAGCACUGACUUUGCAGUGGUUUGGCUCCAGGCAGGACCAGGAGGCAGACAGAUCAGCGCCCAUACCUCUGGGUGUGCAACGGGUUCAGGCUGAAGGACACAAGUUGGCCCUGCACCCGAAGUCCAAGGACAGUGAUGCCAGUGAGGGGCAGAACAAAGGACAGGAGAAAUCAGAGGCUCCCGGAGACGGCCAGAGAAGACCAGCUAUAGCGAGGGCCCAGGACCCAGAGCCAUCACGAGGCAGAAGUGCGGAAUCGGAUGCUUGGCUUUCACUCAAGACACCUGGAGAGGUGGCCAGCAGAGGGAUCACCCCAGCAGCCACGGGAAAGAAAAGAAGGGAGCCACCCAAACCAGAAACUUUCUUCCAGGGCCACAGCAAAGCAAGGGAUAUUCCUGUCCCCAUCACGAUUCACUUUACUCCUCGAAGUCUUGAUAGCAAAACAGAGAUGCAAGUGGCGGCAGCUGGCACCCUUAGUAAGGGGGCAGCUCAACAGGGCCUCGUCCAUACAGAGCAACAGGACACCAGCCCGUGGCACCUGGCUGUGGGGACUCCUGGGCCCCUGGGGAGAAGCCUAGGCAGCUUGCGCAGGCGUCGGCGGCCUGGUGCCAGAUCAGGAGACCGACCCUGCCGUCCUCUAAAGCUGGACCCCCUCCGCCUGGGCACUGUGGUGAGUGUGUGGGAUGCUGUGGAUUUGGCAACUGCGGCCACUCAGGACAUCUCCACCAGCAGUUCCCUUGCAGGUCCCUCACCGCACCACUCAGACAGGGGGCUUAAGGGUCCUGAGGAGAUGGUCCUCGCUGAUGCUAUGGGGAACCGACCUCGGGUGGACUCCGGGGACAUGUGUGGGAGGAGCGGCGUUCAGCUUGCUCCCGCCAGCAUUGCAGGCUCAGGGGCUAAGGACAGGGAGAACAGGGAGCCUGGGUCCCCUGCCCCUCGGGAGACUCAGGGGAUCCUGACUGGUGAGGAAGCCUGGUCCCGGGAGAGCGGGGAAGCUGUUGUUAUCAGCAACUUCACGUCCUCCCAAGGCCCCUUGCCGGAAGAGCUGCACCCUGAGGCUUGUGAAGAGGACCAAGUUGCUGACCAGAGCAAGAUGGAGAAAUUAGGAGAGGGUCACUUCAUUAGCCAAGGGAGAGGCUCCCGUCAGGGCAAGGAAAGUGAGCAGAUAGCUGGAGGUCCAGCUGCUGGCCAGAGGGCUGUGCUUAUGCCGGACAAGACAAAGUCCACUGGUGGCUUCAGCUGCACCCCCUCCCACAAUCUUCCAGCCUCUCCUCUGACCCGGAAUACAGAGCUGGUUCCAUCCUCUGUCACGGCAGUACGUUCCAGCCCUGGGUUUCCACACGCAGUCUCUACCCUUGCUCCUUUAAACAAUUUGUCUCUGGAGGUUAACCAGGGUCCUUCUGGUGGUGAAAAUCUCAAAGCGGGAUCAGCCUCCCUUCCAACUCAGACUUUAGCCUCAGCAGGAGCCCCAGCUUCAGCCCCAGAAGCAAUCCUAGCACCAUCCUCAAUAUCAUCCCCAACCUUAACCUCAGCCCCAGUUAAAGCCUUAAGCUCAAUUUCAACACCAACCCCAUCUCUAACUCCAGUCACAGCCUUAACCCUAAUUUCAACACCAACCCCAUCCCCAACAUCACCACCAACCCCAGCCUCUGCCCUAGUUGUAGCUCAGGUUCCUGCAGUCGACAGUGAACCAAGACCUACGUCUCGGGAGUCAAGUGUGGGCCUCUCCAAGCGCUCCCUGGAGGGCCGAAUCUCAGCUAGCUGGGGAAACCUUAUUACCAUGGUUCUUAGAAGUCACCCCUUCCCUAGGCAAGAAAAGGCUGAUGGUAGUACCCCGAGGGUAGAUCUUCAAACUACUGCUCAGCCCAGCACAUCCGCAUACUUGGGCGGUAGACAGUUAGGUACCUCCUCUGCAGGGGCGAUCUCCAGCCUCCAGGACAAACACAGACCACCGUCAAUCUUAGUCACACCAGUAGGUCCAGCGGGCCAAGCUGAGGGUAGAUGUGAAACGCAGCCGAUGAGCGUGGAUGCUAGUGAGUCUUCCACUCGGGACCCCAGAGCAGAUGAAACCAAGGAGAAAAGUCAAGAAUCUCUGGUCCCAGAUGUGAAGCCUGAAGCUGUCCCAGAGUUCCCUGCGCCGGCACAGCCUGGUCUUGUCCCAUCUACUAUGAAUCAGGAAGCUCAGCCCAUCCCUCAGCCUCGGCAACGGAGAAAACGUAGCUUAGCUCAGAGCUCUGAACAGAUACUUACUCAGGAAGUAUCCCAGAAGCCCCGGGGGCAGGUGCUAAAGGAGGGAACCAGACCUUCAGGCAGCAGGGACGUCCUCACAGAGAAACAGAAAGAGACACAAAAGCUUAUGAUUUUUCUGCAGAAGCCUGGCAGCUGGGGAGUGGUGGAGGGGCCUCAGAAGUCCCGCUCACAGGGCUCGCAGCCUACCAGAGCAACGGCGCUGUGGCCGCCAAAGCUAGAUCUAGGGAGCUGCUUGGAGGUUCUGGCCUUUGCCCAGCAGCGUGGAGAGCUGGGCUUAGCCCAGGACACCUAUGUUUUAAUGAGCAACAACUUGCUGCAUGUCCUGGGAGACCCACACCUCUACCGACAGCUGAGUGGCGCCGAUAGGGAGCGCAUCCUGAACCUGCGGACCUGCCAGGGCCAGACAGUGCUGGGAGUCCUCGAGCUGCCCAGCCUUUAUCAGGUGAGCCGCUCAGGGCUCACAAGGGGCCCUCAUGGUGAGGACGCGCCUGCAACCAGGCCUGAGCAUUUGCAUCUUCAUACAUACCUGCAUGUGUUCAACCCACAAGAGAAUGUGUGGCGGCCCCUGAUUCAAGUACCAGAGGAGGUCCCACUCCGGGGAUGUGGGCUGUGCACUAUGCAUAACUAUCUGUUUCUGGCAGGUGGCAUCAGAGGUUCUGGUGCCAAGGCUGUCUGCUCUAACAAGGUGUUCUGCUACAACCCUCUGACCAACAUUUGGAGCCAGGUUCGGCCCAUGCAGCAAGCCCGGGCCCAGCUCAAAUUGGUGGCUCUGGAUGGGAUGCUUUACGCUAUUGGUGGUGAGUGCCUAUACAGCAUGGAGCGCUAUGACCCGCGCACAGAUACCUGGACCUUGAGAGCAUCCCUCCCCGAAGGCACCUUCCCUGUGGCCCAUGAGGCUGUGGUCUGCCGAGGAGAAAUCUAUGUCACGGGGGGUCAUCUCUUCUACCGCCUGCUCAGAUACAGCCCAGUGAAAGACUCAUGGGAUGAGUGCCCCUAUAGUGCCAGCCACCGACGCUCCAGUGAUAUGGUGGCACUAGGCGGCUUCCUAUACCGCUUUGACUUGUUGCGGGGCGUAGGCGCUGCGGUGAUGCGCUACAACACAGUGACAGGCUCCUGGAGCCGAGCUGCCUCCCUGCCCCUGCCUGACCCUGCCCCGCUCCAUUGCACAGUAUUGGGCAACACCAUUUACUGUCUCAACCACCAGGUCACGGCUACCUUCACAGUUUCGGAGGGGACUGCCCAGUUCCAGGCCAAGGAGCUGCAGCCCUUUCCCCUGGGAAGUAAGGGGGUCCUCUAUCCAUUCACUCUGACUUUGCCCCCCAAGACCUGGUUACAGACCACAAUCUAAGUUCUGGGUGAAAAAACAGAACUGCGUGUCUGCUCUCAAGAGAAACCCUUCUCUGGGUGGGUCUGAGUGGACCCGGGGUGUGGGGAAGAAACCUGGAGCAGAACCUUCUGUUUUGUGUCCAAAGCUCUCUGUCAAGUUAAGGGUUGCUAAUUAUCUGAAAUGAAUCUCUUCUAUGCGCCCUCCCCUGCCAACCCUGGUUCUCUAGGUCCCUUCUUGGCUCCCCCUAUACCCUGGUGGUUUGGGUCCCAGGGCCGACCUGCUUAGGAUGUCUUGACUUCAUCACAACCCUGUCUGUGGGAUUCUUUGGUACUUGUUGGAAACCUCUUUGAACUUCCUGUGUUCUCCCAAGAUGGAAAAUGAAACAAAGUUUCUCAGGAAACAUCCUCACUCUGGGAUUUUUGCUAUCUUGAGGUCCUUUAGGAGUGAGUCUGGGUCUGACUGGGCGGUGGGGCACACACCUUUACUCCCUGCACUUGGGAGGCAGAGGCAGGCGGAUCUCUGUGAGU